UAGAAAUGAGCGACAAAGACGGAUCGGAGCGACGAGAAGUUCUGCUUUGCCUUAGGUAGGCUUUAGCCAGAAGAUGGAUGUGUACCAAAGAUUUACUCGAAGGAAUAUUGUGUGCAGACGAUGACUGGCAUGAUGCAGAGAACAACAAGACUUGUUUCAUCUUGUGGACUUCAACGACAGGUGUUUGCAGCAUGUCACAGUAACCCGCAUACAGCAAGGCAUGGUGUGUUUCACUUUCCUAAUCUAAAAACACAUGGAGGAGAGGCUAAUGUUUUGUAUACUGGCAGAGUUUUUAAACGGAACCUGUCAGCAUUAUCACAACAUACAUCAGAGUCAGACAUUUGUAAACUCCAAAGAGCUCUUUGCAGGAAUUUGAAACAAAGCUCGUCGUUGCUAUGUCAGGGGAACCGAGUUGAUUGCAUAUGUCUCGGUCCAAGGAGAUUCAAGGAAAGUAGACAGAUGUUGAAUAGACCAGUGCACCAUCAUUUCUCAGCAAUAGCUUCCUAUUCUGUAAUGAAUGUUUGCCGCAAGAGAAGUUAUUACCAGUCGGCAGUUACUAGUGCCUUCACACGUUGCAGAGUUCAGAGGUAUGGAUCCAGUGCUGUUGGAAAUGAGACCGGUGAUCCCCUCUCACCUAAGAGCCCACAGUUCAGAUGCUACAUGGAUCAUCUGAGAAAUGAGCACCAGGCUAUUUCAGAGAGACUGCAGGGAGGGGAGCCGUUGUCAGACUCUAAACAGAAGGAGCUCCGGGGAUCCAUGUUGGAGCUUGGCGAGAUCCUUGAGAAAUGGACCGAGCUGAUUUCAACGGAAGAAGAGAUCAAUGAAAUUCAGCAUCUUAUCCAAGAUGGUCAAGAUAAAGAGAUGCAGGAUUUAGCUCUAUCUGAGAAGGAUCAACUCCAGGACAGGAUUGAAAAUUUAUCAGAGGAGUUGGUCGACCUUCUAAUGUCAUCCGAAGAGACCGAUGAUAAUGAUGUCAUAAUGGAGUUUUCAGCAGGAGUGGGAGGUCAAGAAGCUAUGCUGUUUGCCUCUGAUAUGUUUGAUAUGUAUCAACGAUACGCUGAUUACCGACGUUGGACCUUUACUAUCCUUGAGUACUUCACCUCAGAUAUAGGUGGAUUAAGGCAUGCUACCGUUAGUAUCACUGGUGAUCAAGCUUAUCGUCUUCUAAGACAGGAGGCUGGCGUCCAUCGGGUUCAGAGGGUUCCAAAGACAGAGAGACAAGGGCGUAUACAUACAAGUACCAUGUCUAUAGCGGUACUACCACAACCCAAAGAGAUUGAUCUGAAACUGGACCCUAAAGACCUGAGGAUUGAAACGAAGAAAGCUAGUGGAGCAGGAGGUCAGCAUGUGAAUACAACGGACAGUGCUGUUAGAAUCACCCAUAUACCAACAGGUAUCUCGGCUGAAAGUCAACAAGAGCGUUCCCAACACAAGAAUCGUUCGAUCGCCAUGACGAUGCUACAGACUCGAAUCUACAACCGGAUCCUUGAAGACCAGACCAACUCUGAAAGAUCGAUGCGUCGUUCACAGGUGGGCACAAGAGGGCGCUCUGAAAAGAUUCGUACGUAUAAUUACCAGCAAGAUAGGAUCACGGACCAUCGGAUCAGUCGUAGUAUCCAUGGAGUAAUGGAGUAUCUAGUAGGAUCUGAACUCUUAGACGAGAUGAUGGUUAGUUGUAUGGAAGGCCAGGAGUGUCAGGAUAUACGAGAAAGAAUUCUAGAAGUUUAUGAUACAAGCAAAGAGAACUCGUGAUAGGAUCAUGGAAGAUCGGAUCAGUCGUAUCCAUAGGGUAUCUACUAGGAUCUGAACUCUUAGGUGAUUUGGUGGUUAGUUGUAUGGAAGGCCAGGAGUGUCAGAAUAUACGAGAAAGAAUUCUAGAAGUGCAUGAAACGAACUGAGAACUCAUGAUAGGAUCAUGGAAGAUCGGAUCAGUCGUGUCCUUGGAGUAUCUACUAGGAUCUGAACUCUUAGACGAGAUGAUGGUUAGUUGUAUGGAAGGCCAGGAGUGUCAGGAUAUACCAGAAAACAUGGAAGGGGGGGGGUCACUGU